AUGGAGAAUCUACAUGCCCCUACAGUUCCCUCGGGUCCUACUUCUAGACCAGCAGCCACAAAUGGAAUGCAAACAGAUGGUCUGACAUUUUCCCAACUUCAGAUCAAGAAAGAUAACAUAGAAGCUGAAAUCAAAGCUUUGAGUGGUGUUCUCGACUCGCAUGGUGUGGAUAUGAGCACGAGGCUUUUGACCCCCGAUGGUUUUCCUCGAGCAGAUCUAGAUGUUGCACAAAUUAGAUCUACCAGAUCGCGAAUAAUCUAUCUCAAAAACGAUUACAAAGCUCUUAUGAGCGUUAUCGAGAAGCAUAUCCAUGAGCAUUUUGCGAGACUUGCUGAAGACCCAAAAACAGUAGAGCCCAUUAUUGUCAAUGGAGCCCAGGCUAGUGAGAUUAUAGGUUCUACCGAUGAGCCAGCACUCCUAGAUCUUCCAUUUGCGAAGGUCAAUAGUAUUGCAGCUGGAAGUCCUGCGGAUGAUGCCGGGUUAAAAGCUGGGGAUACAAUCAGAAACUUUGGAUAUGUCAAUCAUGCGAACCAUGAUGGCUUAAAGAGGGUUGGAGAAUGUGUACAAGGAAAUGAAGGCCGUGAGGUUAUGGUAAAAGUUUCAAGAGGGUUGGGACGCCAAGAGCUACAAUUGACUUUAACGCCACGAAGAGAUUGGGGAGGCAGAGGCCUUUUGGGCUGUCAUAUUCUGCCAUUGUAG